AUGGAUGAGAUUUUGGGAGGUAUGCCGAUCACCAAGAAGGUUUUUAUUGGUGUGGAUUUCAAUGGCCACAUUGGGUCUACUCCUAGUGGUUUUGACAAUUUGCAUGGUGAUAGUGAUUUUGGGGUUAGAAACUUUGGUGAAACCUCAUUUUUGGAUUUUUCUAGAGCUUAUGAGUUGGUGAUAGCUAAUUCGUGCUUUUCGAAGAAGGAUGAUCACUUGAUUAUCUUCCGUAGUGCUCUGACAAAAUCUCAGAUAUAUUACUUGCUUAUGUGGAAAGGUGAUAACGACUUUUGUAAGGAUUACAAAGUUAUUUCGAGUCAGAAUCUUACCACUCAGCAUAAGCUUUUGGUGAUGGACUUGAAUAUUAAGCGAGGGAGGAGGAACAAGAAGUUAUAUGUAUGGCCUAUGAUUAAAUAG